AUGGCGAUGCGCAGCCUGCUCCGUGUCCACAAGGAGAUCGGAGAUGUUAAUACCGAUUUCCAUUCUCUCAGGACUGUUUUGAAGGAGACAGCAAACAAAGCCAAAUGGAAUUUUGUCAUGUUCCCGAAUGAUGGUGCGCUGUCACAUCUUCCUCUGAUCGGCGAACUCAUCAUCCCCGAGGAUUACCCGAACUGCCCUCCUGUACUUCACCUUUUUACUCGUACUUUCCGAUACAAUGUCGAUGUCUAUCAAAAUAACAUCAACAAUGACAAUCACAGCACGAUGUGCUUUGACAUUCUAUCCAGUAAAUCUAGGGGAGGUACCUGGGUAAACGACUACACAAUAUCCUGUCUCUUUGCAAGCCUGAUGCUGGCUUUGGUGACACAAAGAGUUCCACAGACUUAUGGCCCCGAUCAGGCAGAAUUUGUCACCAUGGGCACGCUCGAUCAGAUCAAAAAGUCCGUACAUAAAACCUAUCAGAAGCACAAAAAUCGCCUUCCCUAUCUUCCAACUAUACCCACGAUUCGGGCUGUCUCGGUCGCAGCCAAGCCAUUCAUUUUCACACGACUCGAGGACGAAACUCCACUUGAUUCACUUCAAUUCCAAGCCGAGGACAAAUACGUCAGUCAGCCAUUCUAUCUUCAAGAUGCUCAACAUCCGCAGUCUUGGUCAACCGCUCUAGACCUGCGAAACCUACAUCCCGGUGUUGUCUUCUCCGUGAUACUUUCAAACAAGCGGGGAACCGAUGUUACCGGUAGGAAGAACGAUACUAUAUUGCUUCGAAAUGGCGUGACUGGAACCGCGGCAAAAAAGCGAAAAAAUGAACCCAUCCGCUGGUUCUAUCAUGGAAAACCAUUGAAUGAUCAAAAUCUCUCAGUCUGCGUGACUGUGACUGGCGACCAGUUUGUGAUUUGCUACAAGGACGACGAUUCCAACACCUUCAUUGUCCAUGGAGACACUCCGAUAUCAAAACUUGGAGAGACACAAAUUGGAAAUGUCGCAGGUAUGCCGUUUUACAUAACGAUCUUGCUAAAACGAAAGUCCGGGGCGGAAGGGUUUAUCAAUGUUCUCGAUCAAAAGCAAGUUGGAUUCAUUCAUGCCAACCGAAUCGAGACCCCCAUGGCAAUUCGCAGGAAAUAUCCAACGUCAGUGAACCUGACCUUGGGCAGUGAGCAAACAGCUCGUCUUCAAGGGGUCAUUGACUUCUAUGGUUUGGGGCUGGACUUUAAGAUCCAAAGAAAUGUCUGGUUCCCCGCACAUUAUACGCUCAUUUCUUCAACGGACUAUCCUAAGGAGGAAUAUACUAAGACGAUCGAUGAAAUAUAUACUCCAAUACGUGGAAAGGCGGUAGAGGUGACUAUUGUUGCUAUCAUAGCGGAUGGUGACUGCGUUGCUCUCUUGACAGAUAUCUAUCGAUGCCCUGAAGAUCGAGUGGAGCUACAGUCAUUCCCUGAGACGAGUUUCUCCACUUUGACAAUGCGUUUACGGAACGAUAAGGUGAAGGCAAGUUGCGUUGAUGAAUUGCUCGGACGAGUAUCCGAAGACCCUCAAAAAGACUGGGUUCAUGUUGGGGACUUUUAUAUCAAGCUACCACAGCCAAUCAAGGUUAUAUGUCAUUUGCAGUUUCAACUUUGA